AUGCCCGAAAUCACUUUGAACCGGACGAAAAAACGGAAAGUAGGAGCAAAGUCUCCUAGAAGAAAUGCUACAAGUGUCAGUCAAGUUUCUCAACAUGAUAACAAUACUCCUCCGGGAAUAGAGUUUGUUCUUGCGGAAUUAUCCAGAUUACGAGAGCAAGUGGUGAAAUUGGAAAAUCAAGCAAGUGUCAAGAGUGAAACAAACACACACGAUUCCAAAAAUGUGGGAAAAGCUGUUAUCGACCUAACUGAUGAAGAUGCAUCAUCUCCCGUGAAAUCGGAGCAUGGAUCAAGUGAGCGAUAUGACGCGGAUGGCCUUUAUGAUGCGGACACCUUAGUGCCUUUAUUUGUUCACAAUGGAAUGCGAAUGCCUACUAUCGUGAGAAGAUUUCCUGUGAUACAAGAUUUGCAACUUCCCUUCAGCCAAACACAAAGUUUCACGAUGAUUUCUUACGCAACAUUUUUGGGGGAGAUCUGA